CAGAGAAUUAUGAGAGAGUAGACGCGUGUCAACGAUCUUGCACGUGCCACGCGAGCCAUUCCUUUGUAAUUAUAACGUUAAUUAUUACCGCAGCGGUUUAUACACAACUCGACUCAACAAUUUGUCGCGAUAUCUAUUCAGUUUCAGUACAUGAUACAAAUGUUAAUUAUUCUACGUCUACACGAUAUCGAUGUCGCGUACAAUUUAAGGAUUCGAUUCGUUCCCUCGCUCCUUUAUUGACGAUGAUAUAAGCGAACCACAUUCGAGAUGCUUCUAUUGUGCAUCAUUCGUUCGUCACCUAUAUAUCUCUUACAAUAUAAGUGUAACUCCGAAGAUCAUUCAAUAAUACCAAGAGAAUCUAUACUCCGACGUCCCAGCGUCGGUCGGCCUGCACCACUUUAUCAUUCGUUUAAAUCAAAGCUAGCCAAUGAUCGUCUCUCGCUCUUUUCCUGCACACGAUACAUGGCGUUCUUUAAUUAACUUCUCGAUUAAAAUAAAUCUGAAUGAAUUUAUAAUAUACAUGCCAUACUUAUGUACGUAUAUCAAAGACGGUUGCACGCAUCCACACGUCGUCUCGACCGUUUUCUGCCCCUAGAAAAAUAAUAACGACACUCGUGAUCGCGUAUCGCGUACGGAUAAAAAAUCUACGGUUGCACCACACUUAUAAAAAUAUUCACACACAUUUGUAUCCGACGUAAUCCGAAUCAUUAUAUUAUUCGGAAUAUUUGAAGCACAUCGACCUUGUGUCAUUGUUCUAAAUACGGGAUCGUUUAAAUUAACCAUGUACAAUCAUGUAUAGUAUACGUAUAUACCAAUGCAUUGGGAAUAUAUAAUACACGUCAUCCGCACGCGUGUGUGUGAAAAAAAAAAAAAAAUUACAGAGUCGAGUACGGCAACAUCCAACGCAGAUUGCGGUCUCUCUUUGCCCGGAAUGGUGUAACCGCAGGAAGGGGGUAUAUAGUGUGGUAUAAUACGGGAUACGUCGGCGAUGGAAGGGAACCGGGACGCCCGGCUAGUUUCAAUUCCUUCUGCCGGUAAUUCAAAGACUCAAAGUCUCGCGAUACUCGGAGCGAGUCGGCCAAUUAUUAUUCGGCUCACGCGCACACGCGCGAGUAAUAGAAAAUCGCAAAUCGCUUGUACCGUACGCAACGUUCGGUAAAACUCCUCGAAAACGAGUAUCGAAAUUCGCGAACAUCCCGAUAAAAUAAUCACCGGAUCCGCCGCGGACCGAUUGUACAGAAACGCGCAUCGGUAUCCAUUAUAUUCCGAAGGCGAACGUCGCGUGUUUAGCGCGUGGCUCGUAUACAUAUGUAUAUAAAAGCGGGGCGCUAGUUUUACCAAGUUCUUUCGCGCGGGUAGCCAUCGCGAGUGAGGCGUUUCACCAUGGCGGUUCGUGGUUGCGGCGGUGUAUGUAGGGCGUCGUUUUCAAUGUAACGAUAGAGACGCCGGGGGCGUCGGUAAAUCUUUUGCCAUUAUAUCGGAUUAUAAAUUCAAAAAGCGGAACGUGUACGCACACACACGGUAUUAUUCCCAAUCGAACGAUCCACGUGUACCGUAAACCUUGUGAAUAAUAAUCCAGUGCGCCGGGUAUCUGUACACGCGUUAUCCAUAAAUCGAUCGUUACAUUAUUCGAGCAAUCAACGUCUUCCAAUUACAUUUAAUCGGCGUAGGAAGGUGGAGUGAAUAACUACACAACGAACGACUUACGGUACACCACAUCGCGGAUCGACUUUAUUCUAUUCGGCCAGGUGCGGCCCCCGCCGCCGACACUGUUGUCCUACUGUACUGUACUCGCGGUGAAAGGAAUAAGAAAGACUUUGGGACACAUCGUCGCUGUUUCACGGUAUUACACCGAAGCCAAAAAGAGGAGUCUAGAGAGAUAGAGAGGCUCACGGGACGCACGCAAGUUCGAAGAAUAUAUAGAACUCCGAAUGUAUGUGAUAUUAAAAAUAGAAUGCCGGGGCACGCUUUUAGGCCCUAUGUACCGUUGAAAAAAAAAAGUUGAAAAAAAAGGAGAAAAAACUGUAACGUUACCUAUACGCGGACACUCUACGCUCUGGCUGUUCCGCCGCCCGUGAAGCCAGGCGAAACGUCGCAGUCAUCGGCGGCGAUCUGACGGUCCAUCAUCAUCCGAUUCUAUCUCGCUCCGCUCUAGUACGUGUAAAGUCGAACUGCGUACAGUGGUGCGAAGAAUUUGGACGUCGUAUAGACGAGAUCGUGGAACUUAAUUGAUCGUGGGGGAGGGAGGAGAAAUCGAUACCGGAAAGUAGAUAAAACAAGGAAGAGGAGAAGUGAAGAGUUUUUCGCCACGACGAUGUCUACGAUCGCGAUCACGACGACGAUGAUGCGCACCUUUCAUAGCGACUCGCGUUCCACGCGCCCGAAGGCGACUUAGCCUUGUGCCUACGGUGUCCCUCUUACGCGUACUUGUACCUACCUACCUACCUACCUACCUAGCCUAGCCUAGCACUCGACGCUUCGCAAGGACGAAAAAGUUUCGCGGCUCGUGCGGUUUUUAGUUUAGUUCGCCGAGUGUAACGCAGUUUGACCGGUGCCUCGCGUUAGCGUGCGUGGGACAUUACCGAUUUUAUCGCGCGUCCGUACCUCGUGUGAAAUCCGUUUUUUUUUUUCGCCUUCCGAACGCCGGCGGUGUGUGCCUCGAUCGGAAUAUCGUAUUGCUGCCCGCACGCGGUAUGGAGUCCGUGAGGGAUUUGAAGAGGAUUCUUUACGAGAGGACCGAGGCACUCAGGCGCCGUGACGAGGCCGUAGAGGCCCUCGAAAGAGCUUUGGACGAGCGGGACGCUACGAUUCGAGAUCUGCAAAAUGAAAUCGACAAGUUUCGCCAAAUCGUCGAGUACAGCAUGUCCGCCUGCCCCCUCGGACCGGAACAGAGAUCGAAGAGGCAGGCCAUAUCGGCGGAACCGUUGCGAAACGAUUCCAGACCUAUAGCGAAAUUUAGUAAACCCCAAAGGUCACGCGAGCUGAUCAAGGCUGCGAUCCUGGACAAUGACUUCAUGAAGAAUUUAGAACUGACGCAGAUCAGGGAGAUCGUCGACUGCAUGUAUCCCGUUACGUUUCCAGCUGGUUCGAUCAUCAUUCGAGAAGGAGAUGUCGGGUCCAUCGUUUUUGUCAUGGAAGAGGGUAAGGUGGAAGUUUCGAGAGAUGGGAAAUAUCUCAGUACGUUGGCAGCAGGUAAAGUCCUCGGGGAAUUGGCAAUUUUGUACAACUGUAAAAGAACAGCCACAAUAACAGCUGCGACCGACUGCCAAUUGUGGGCAAUCGAUCGACAAUGCUUCCAGACGAUAAUGAUGAGAACUGGACUUUCUCGACAAGCCGAAUACACGGAUUUCCUCAAGAGCGUCCCGAUAUUCAAAAACCUACCCGAAGAAACUCUCAUCAAAAUCUCGGACGUUUUAGAAGAGACCUUUUACAACAAUGGAGAUUACAUAAUCAGACAAGGUGCGAGAGGUGACACAUUUUUCAUCAUUAGCAGAGGACAAGUGCGUGUGACGAUCAAACAACCUGAUACGACGGAUGAAAAAUACAUCCGUACGUUGAGCAAAGGAGACUUCUUCGGGGAGAAGGCUUUGCAAGGGGAUGACCUUAGGACAGCUAAUAUUAUAGCCGAUGAUCCGGACGGUGUGAGCUGUUUAGUCAUAGACCAGGAAACGUUCAAACAACUGAUAUCUUCGUUGGACGAAAUACAAACUAGAUACAAGGAUGAACUGGUGGUGCGCAGAAGACUCAACGAGGAAUUCAGAGACUUACGGUUACAAGAUCUACGACCAUUGGCCACUCUGGGUGUGGGUGGUUUUGGAAGAGUAGAGCUCGUGCAAAUUGCCGGUGAUAAUAGUCGGUCGUUUGCAUUAAAGCAGAUGAAAAAGUCACAGAUAGUGGAAACUCGUCAACAACAGCACAUUAUGUCGGAGAAGAGAAUAAUGGGAGAAGCUGACUGCGAUUUUGUUGUGAAAUUAUUCAAAACUUUCAAAGAUAGAAAAUAUUUGUACAUGCUGAUGGAAGCCUGCCUGGGAGGAGAAUUAUGGACAGUCUUGAGAGACAAAGGACAUUUUGACGACAGCACGACUAGAUUCUACACAGCAUGUGUCGUGGAAGCUUUCGACUACCUCCAUUCUCGAAAUAUUAUCUACAGAGAUCUUAAGCCUGAAAAUUUAUUACUCGAUGGCCAAGGAUACGUAAAAUUAGUUGACUUUGGUUUUGCCAAACGUUUGGAUCAUGGAAGAAAAACUUGGACAUUUUGCGGUACGCCGGAAUAUGUUGCGCCAGAAGUGAUUCUCAACAGAGGACAUGAUAUCAGUGCAGACUAUUGGUCCCUGGGAGUUCUAAUGUUUGAACUCUUGACCGGUACACCGCCAUUCACUGGCGCGGAUCCAAUGAAGACCUACAAUAUAAUCCUUAAAGGAAUCGACGCCAUAGAAUUCCCGAGGUCGAUUACGCGGAAUGCAACUGCUCUAAUCAAAAAACUUUGCAGGGACAAUCCUGCGGAGCGCCUUGGUUACCAGAAAGGUGGUAUUAGCGAAAUUCAAAAACACAAAUGGUUCGAUGGUUUCAAUUGGGAAGGAUUGCGUGCGCGAACGCUGGAACCUCCCAUAUUGCCUCGAGUCCGCAAUGCCACCGAUACUGCAAACUUUGACGAAUAUCCACCCGAUGCAGAUCCACCACCACCAGACGAUGUCUCAGGAUGGGAUAACGACUUUUAAUCCAAAACUCCAUGAAUAGCCAGAAGGCUCUCUAUACCCCUGUUUGCCUAUCACCGGAUGACUGUGUGAUUGGCAGAGUAUAUUUUUAUAAUUAAUUUUAGCUAUUGACUACUCGCCUGUAGUAUUUCGUCUAAUAAAUAUCAUGGCGGGUUGGACUUGGAACAACACCAAAAUUGGACAGAUUGACUGCGAUUGCUUCGACAUGAAUUCUCAAUGAUCAUGGAAUAAUAAAAGAAUUGGUUCCUCAAUAAAAUAGGCGACGAUGAGGAAUUCGGAUUAUGGAGUUUGGAAAAGGACUAGUAUUCUUAUUUUCUUCAUUGAAAACUGGACGCUUCAGAAUGCAUGGAAUUCAAUGAAAGUUAUCUAGUAACCUUAUUUCCCCUUGACAUUCUACCUCGGCAUAAUUAUUUAUUCGGAAUUCCUUUGCAUCUACCAAUGAGAAUAGUCUACGAGUCGACUGACUAGGAUGCAAGAUUCAACUCCAUGCAUGUGGUGUCCUGGUCUCAGCGAUCAUAGAUUUGAUACUACUACGAAUUCAUACAAUCAGCAGUGAGUCUAGAUGUCCAAUUUCAAUAGAAAUAGUAUGCAACGUGUAACAUAUUCGCAAAGUAAUUUUAAUUAGGAAACAAGUGGGCCUAUGGUGAUAAAUUUAAGGCCAUACAGGUACGCACAUACCUAAAUGUAUAUGUUCACACCCUACACUAUGCAGACAAUCUGUUGGGUUUAAUUGUUAUUGUUUGUGUAGAAAAGAAAGAUAAUCUGUAUCCUCGAUUAUUACCAAAUUUCUCUAUUGGCUGACAAUGAGUAAACUGUUGAAAAGUGAGGUCUGAUAUUGAGAUUUGGAAAUACGAGUAGAUUUUGUUCUCUGUUUUCUCCACUUCUCUUCGCUUGUUCGUUAUACCUUGCCUAUCGUUAUUAUACCAAUUUUACGACACCUACUGAUCAAAUUACCUCCAAUUAGAUGUCUUUGAGGGGUGGAGCGAUAGCAAAAGUUGUUUUAUGACAUCAUCAAUGCUAUGAUCAUUUAUUCUUGUAAAUAAAUCGAAUACUUGAAUUAAGUUCAAAGACGACCAGACUGCAGCUAAUUAAGAAUUCUAGAAUUGAAUAUAAUAUUGAUUUAUAAAUGCCUAUACUUAGAUAAUUGGUGCAUCAAAGUCUUGCAAAAUAGUAUUGGAAUCGUGCCUUUUGUUUAACUAUUGAUCUGUUUGUUUGUUUUUUUUCUUUUCUAAUUAAAAAAACUGUGACUGUUAAUUCUUGUGAAAACAAAAAGAAUAACAACUACUUUUUAAUUGUAAAAACUUGAAACGCCCAUAUUUCGCAAAGCUAAAACAUUCAGACACAUGCCAGUGUGCUAAGUGCCAUUAUUACUUGUUAAAACUAUGUAAGUACGCAAGCAUGUAGCAAAAAAUAAUCACGCAGUAAAAGGAAGAAAAAAAAACUAACGUGAAAUUAUCAGCUCAAGUUCAAACAUUCUCUUGCCAUCUGCACUAGGAGCUGUCUAUUAUAAAUUC